AUGGCUCGUCGCAUCUUUGUUAUCGGAGCUACUGGAGCUCAAGGUCUCCCCGUCUGUCGCGGCCUCAUAAAAGAUGGAGCGUACAGCUUAAGAGUACUCACUCGCGACGUCAACUCACAGCGCGCCAAGCAAUUGGCAGAGUUGGGCGACGUCGAGUUCAUCGAAGGUUCAUUCGCGAAUGAGGACAACCUCCGAAAAGGCUACGAAGGUUGCUGGGGCGCCUUCGUCAACAUUGACGGCUUCAACACUGGUGAAAAGACAGAGACUUACUGGACCAUCCGCGCAUACGAGCUGGCAAUUGAGUCUGGCAUAAAGUUCUUUGUCUUUGGAAACUUGGACUAUGGGUAUAAGAAGAGUGGCUAUGAUCCCAAGUUCCGCUGCGGCCAUUAUGACGGAAAAGGUCGAAUGGCUGAGUGGAUGCUAAGCCAGAGAAAGGCUCAUAGCAUGGGCACUGCCAUCUUCACUACUGGUCCGUAUAUCGAGAUGGCAGUCUCAGCACAGACAGUUAUGACUCCACGUAUUGUUGAGGGUGUCGUUACCUGGGCUGUUCCUCUCGCUGACGGAGCAAUCCCCCACGUCGCUCUCGAUGACUGCGAGCACUAUGUUCGCUGGCUUUUCGAUAACCCCGAGAGAUCCGAUGGACUGGAUCUCGAGGUGGCAAUCGAUCAUAUCACGUACCAUGACCUAGCGCAGGCGUUCCAAAAGGUUACUGGCAAGCCAGCACAAUUCAUCGACAUUCCGUUGGCGACUUACUUCGAUCACAUGCCUCUGAAAGGCACAGUACCAGCUGGAUACAACGCUGAUCCCAAUGAUCCUGCCACCAUGACCAUUGUGCAAAACUUUUCUGGAUUCUGGAAUAUGUGGAGAAGCUCUGGCGGGAACAAGGGAGUUAUUAAGAGAGACUACAAGCUGCUGGAUGAGAUUCAUCCGAACAGGAUCAGGACUGCGGAAGACUUCUUCCGCAAAGAAGAGGAGAAGCGCAAGGCACAAGGACUUCCGAGCAUUUUUGAGACGAUUGAAAGUGGCAACCUCGGUAUGAUCCUCAAGUUGAGCGAGGAUGGCAGGAAGGGAAAACUGUAA